AUGAAUAAGAACAAUAAAGUGAGUCUAUUCUGAGAUUAUCAUCGCAAGCAAAAAUAUACUGUAUUUCAGACUACAUCAGGAUAUGAACUGAAAAGAAAUACUAAAUCUAAACUUCAAAAAACAACUACAAUUAGAUCGGAUUCGGAUGAACCUUCAUCGAAUAUUUCAAAAAAGGAAAAAGCUGGUCGGAAGUUGGUAAACACCAAAAAGACCAAAUCAUCGUCAAAUGAAAAGACCAAAAACGUUUCAAAACAAGUUAGACCAAUUAAAUUGGGACAAUCGUUUGAUGGAGAAUCGGACACGGAGAAAGUUAUCAAGCCGAAGGUUUUGAAGAACUUGCCAAGUGUGAUUGGCACGAGUCAAUUGAGUUCGGAAGCAUCGCCUGAAACAUCAAAUGCCAACAGGGUAUGCAAAAAACAUCAAGAAUUCCAAAGAAUACUAUUUUGUUUCAGAAGUCAGCAAAAUCAGUCUCCUUGGCUCCAACACAAAGCAUUCUUCAAACUCGCCGCAAAAAGUUCAUAGAUUUUGCUGCAAAAUGUCAACGUGUUACAUUAGAUGAAUUGCUUUAUGAAUUCGAACAUCUUCCAACUCAACCGCCAAACGAAAAAUGCGCAGCAUUUUUGAACCCUGUGAAUCGCCGCAAGAAUCGUUAUCUCGAUAUUCGGUGUCUUGAACAAUCUCGAGUUAUUUUGAAUUUCUUGAGUGAAAAAGAAGAAGGUUCGGGAUAUAUUCAUGCGAAUUAUGUGGCCAAUCAAUAUCUACAACAUCGAUAUAUUUUGACACAAGCACCCAAAUCGAAUACAAUUUCGGAUUUUUGGCGGAUGGUUUGGCAGGAAGAAACCAAAUCAAUUGUAAUGCUUUGUGAUUUUUUCGAAAAUGGAAAAGAAAAAUGCUCGAAAUAUUAUCCACUUUCUGAAGGAAAUAUUUUUCGUUUAGACAAUGUUCACGAUAAUUUUUUCAUCCAAAAUCAAAGUAUCACAAAGGAGCGAGGAAUGAUUUGCACAAAACUGAAAUUGUGUUUCAAAAAUGAGCCAGUUCGAAUUAUAAACCAUUAUCAAUUCUUGGAAUGGCCUGAUUUCAAUGUUCCAAGUCCAACUUCUACCAAAUCAAUUCUUCAAAUAUUAUCAAGAGUUCGAAAAGAUACAACUCCAACAAUAAUUCAUUGUGCAGCUGGAAUUGGAAGAUCUGGAACAUUAAUUGCGACUGAAAUUGCUAUUUGUGCAAUGGAGAAUUUCAAUCCACCAGAAAUCCAAAAUAUUGUGGCUGAUCUUCGAAUCAAAGGAAGAUGUGGAUCUGUCCAAACUUUUGAACAAUAUUUGCUUAUUCGAAAACUUGUUUUGGAAUAUGGUGUGACCAAUAACUUCAUAACUGAGGUAAGAAGAUUUGAAGAAAAUAAAUAUUGAUAAAUGGGAAAUUUUUCAGGAAUCUUUCAAGACAUAUUCCAACUUGUACAUGCUGGCGAUUAGAUCAAGAAGCUAA